AGCUCGUCCGCUCCCGUUCCCCUUCCACGCAUCCUGCAGCAUGGCCGCCAUCGGAGUUCACUUUGGUUAUACAUGCGCCUGUGUGGCGAUAUUCAAGGACGGGCGGGCUGACGUGGUGGCGAACGAUGCCGGAGACCGGGUGACCCCCGCCGUGGUGGGCUACAGAGACACCGAGCAGAUUGUUGGAAUUGCUGCAAAGCAAGGACAGGUCCGCAACGCUGCCAACACCGUGGUCAAAGUGAAACAGGUGCUGGGAAGAAGCUUCAGCGACCCGGAGACUCAGAGCCACUCGGCCAGGACCAAGUGCAGGGUCGUCAACAGGGACGAGAAACCUUAUUAUGAAAUCACAGCAGGGGAGCAGACCCAGCUUAUUGCUCCAGAGGAUGUGGCGAAGCUCAUUUUCUACAAAAUGAAAGAAACGGCUCAGUCGGCUCUGGGCGCAGAUGUCCGGGACGCCGUCAUUACCGUCCCCUUCGAGUUCGCCCAGGCUCAGAAACAGGCUCUGAGGGACGCCGCUGAAGCUGCAGGGUUUCACGUCCUGAGGCUGAUCCACGAGCCUGCUGCUGCUCUGCUGUCCUACAACAUCGGGCAGGAGUCGUCGUCUGGGAAGAGCCACGUGUUGGUGUAUAAGCUGGGCGGGACGUCCCUGAGCGUGACGGUGCUGCAGGUGAGCGGGGGAAUGUACCGAGUCCUCAGCACUCACACGGACCACAGCAUCGGAGGAGAGAGCUUCACUCAGGCCCUGGCCCAGCACCUGGCCUCCGAGUUCAAACGAACCUUCAAGCAUGACGUGAGCAGUAACGCCCGGGCCAUGCUGAAGCUGAUGAAUGGCGCCGACAUGGCCAAACACUCCUUGUCUUCUCUGGGGUCGGCCAACUGUUUUGUUGACUCGCUGCACGACGGCAUCGACUUCGACUGCAACGUGUCGCGAGCUCGGUUCGAGCUGCUCUGCUCGGCGCUCUUCAACAGGAGUAUCAGCCCCAUCCGGGCACUGGUGGAGCAGAGCGGCCUGUCGCCCAGCAGCAUCAACACGGUGGUUCUCUGUGGCGGCUCGGCCAGGAUCCCCCGCCUCCAGCAGAUGAUCCGGGAGAUGUUCCCCGACGUGGACCUCCUGACCUCGGCCCCUCCUGACGAAGUGAUCGCUGUGGGGGCGGCGCUUCAGGCGGGGCUGCUGGUGGGGAGGGAGGGGCUGGGCCCUGAGGACGAGUCUGUGACGGUGGACGUGUCUCCAGCUGACAUACUGGUCAAGGAGGUGGAUGAAUCUGGAGCGGAGCUGUUCACCGUGCUGCUUCCAUCAGGAACGCCUCUCCCUGCACGCAGACACCAUGUCCUGAGUGGACCUGGACACUCGUCCUCUCUGUGUCUGGAGAUUUAUCAGAGGUUUGUCAGCGAACAUCCAGAGAAGCUCUCCAAGAUGGUCUUCCAGGAGCUGCAGCCCUCGGAGGAGCAGCGCCACGUCGACGCCGUGGUGACGAUGAAAAGGGACGGCUCUGUCCACGUCUCCUGUGUGGAGCAGGUCACCGGGAGGUCAGAGGUCGUCACCAUAUUGGCUGCAGCCUCUUGAAGCCAUUGAUUCAUCCAACAGUGUGGGAGAGAAGUUUUUUUUUACACAAUAAAACGAAAGUCAA